AUGACCAGGGAGAGUAUCAAUAUUGGCGGGAGACGGUCUAAGCUGGCGGUUGUGCAGUCUAACCAUGUUCGUGAUCUAGUGCAGGCGAAGUUUCCGCAGUACGACUGCACGGUGUUCACGUUGCAGACUCUCGGGGACCAGAUACAGUUUAAGCCGCUGUACUCGUUUGGGGGCAAGGCGCUGUGGACGAAGGAGCUGGAGGACUACCUGUACUGCGAGGACCAGGAGAAGCGGCUGGACCUGAUCGUGCACUCGCUGAAGGAUAUGCCUACGCUGUUGCCCGACGGGUUCGAGCUCGGGUGUGUCACGAAGCGUGUGGAUCCGACAGACUGCAUCGUGAUGCCUAGGGGUUCUCCACACCGCUGUCUGGCUGAUCUGCCCGAGGGCGCCGUGGUCGGGACUUCGUCGGUGCGCAGGUCCGCGCAGCUGAAGCGGAAGUUCCCACACUUGAAGUACCAGAGCGUGAGAGGGAACAUCCACACCAGACUCGAGAAGCUCGACGACCCAGAGGGGCCCUUCCAAUGUCUGGUCCUCGCAUCCGCUGGCCUCGUGAGAAUGGGCCUGGAGGACAGAAUCACCCAGAGACUGCACUCAGAUAUCAUGUACCACGCCGUGGGCCAAGGCGCGCUCGGCAUAGAGAUAAGACAAGGCGACAAGAAAAUCCUGCAGAUCCUCGACGAGAUCGCAGACCUGGAGUCCACAGUGUGCUGCUUGGCCGAGAGAUCCCUGAUGAGAACUCUGGAAGGUGGCUGCUCCGUGCCUAUCGGUGUAGAGUCCUCCUACGACCACAAGACCAAGAAACUGCUACUGAAAGGUAUCGUGGUGAACGUGGAAGGAACCAUGGCCAUCGAAGACCAGCAAGAAGUGGUCGUGAAUGACAUUAGAGAGGACUCCAUCAAAUGUGGUGUCUUGCUAGCUCACAAGAUGAUCAAGGACGGCGCUAAGAAAAUCCUAGAUGAAAUUAACCUGGAGAGAGUCAUCCAACAAUAA